GACGGGAAUAUUACUUGGCCCUCGGUGGUCCUGUGGGGAACAGGAGGGAGCAGGCGCGGAUGAAGCUGCUGCUGGAUGAUUACAUGCGUCAGAGCAGCUUCUGUCUGAAAUUUGAUUAUCGCAUUCAGGGGCAGAACAUGGGCGUCUUACGGGUGAAGCUGGACAACAGCGCCGUCGCCGUCUGGGAGAAACGAAGCCCUCACAAGCACAGCUGGCAGUCAGAGAAGAUCACCAUUAACUGGACAGAAAACACUCCAGAGGCCAUCAUCUUUGAGGCCGAGCGUGGGAGGUCAGUAAGCGGAGAGAUCGGUCUGGAUCACGUGGCUCUGAUCUCUGGACCCUGUUUGGAUGAUAAAACCGUCAUCUUUUAGCGGCACCACAAAGGACAUCAUUUAAUUAGUGACUUUUUUAACCAUCACAACAACAACAACAACAACAAAAGACAGAUUUAGCUGUUGCUCAGAUUUCAGAAUAAGCAGGUA